AGAGGCCUGCUCCGCCAUAGGACCUCAAACGAGAGGCUCUAUACCGCUAUCUGGGCGGCCGGAGCAUUCAAGUUUCAUUCGACCCGGCCCGGGGUCCUAUCCGUAUCUCCAUACCCCUACCCCGCAGGAUUCGGGGCUCGGUCGUCUUCCCCCACGAUGUUCGACCUCGCCGGGCUCAGCGAGCUCCUGGGCUAUACCUCUAUUGCUUGCUGGCUUGGGGCACAGUUCCCACAGGUCCUCGAGAACGUGAAGCGCCAGUCGUGUGAUGGGCUCGCGCUUCCAUUCCUUGCGAACUGGCUGCUCGGGGACGUGUCUAACCUCAUUGGAUGCCUCUUGACCGGACAGUUAUUGUUCCAGACAUGGCUCGCAACAUACUUCGUGACAGUAGACUGCAUGCUUGUCGCGCAGUACAUCUACUACGAGACGCUCAGGCCAAAACCCCCGCAAACCAAGCCCGAACACACCCAUGAGCGCCCCAUCCCGCGCUAUCGCACCCUAUCCGCCGUAGCAGCCAACGUAGCUGCUGCAGCCGCUCUUGUCGCCCAACAAGAAGAGCGACAACAUCACCCCUCACAUCGCCACGCCCACUUCGCAAGCGCAGACCCCAUUGCUGGCGGUCACCCAUCCGGGGACGACGACGAGCCGGAUGAGGGCGCCCUCGCCGCCCUCGCCGAUAGCUUCCACUCCGAGGGAGGUCGUACCCUUGGACGUAAACGCGUUUCGUGGAGCGUCGAGCGCGGAGGACGUCGCCGUGGGACGAGCCUUAUCAUGCCUCGCGGGGAUUCCCUCGACCUUAUCGUCGACCCGCCCGUGGACCUGCUCGAGCGUGGUCGCGCAGCUGAGCGCGUGGGCGAGAGUCCCGUCGCGCCAAGCACCAUGCGCCGAAGCACCAGCCAUCGCAACAACAUCAUGUUCCUCGCCGCCUUCGCGCUCUUCAGCUUCGGCGCGCUCAGUCAGCGGAGCAGCAUCGGCUCCGGUCACGUACUGCAGACGCGCGACGUUAACGUUGUCGUACCCGAGUCCGCCGCGUUGGAUGGGACGAUAGACACCUUAUCGUCGGAGAUCGUUAGCGCGGCGGAUGCAGCCAACGAGCGCAUCCUUGGACGUAUAUUCGCGUGGUUGUGCACUACACUAUACCUCACCUCUCGUUUGCCGCAAAUAUGGAAGAACUUCACUCGAAAAUCCGUCGAAGGAUUGUCGAUGUCCCUCUUUGUCUUCGCGUUCCUUGGGAACGUGUUCUAUGUCGCAUCAAUCCUGACUUCGCCUAAUGUGCGCCAACCGCCACCAGCGUCUACAGCGUUCAUACGAGAGAGUAUACCAUACCUAUUGGGCAGUGGCGGUACGCUAAUGUUCGACAUCACAAUCGUAACCCAAUCCUUCAUCUACCGCCCGCGUCACCGCCGCCAUCGAAGCCGGUUAGAAGAGGGCAGCAGCAGCCGCACUCGUAUGGUCGAGGAGGAGCGGAGCAGCCUUCUCAGCGGCGACGUCCUCGCGCAUCAUCGCGGGUCGACAGAUGCUUACCUGCGGGGCUCGGAGGUGCAUCCCGGUCCGGAGGCUCACCAGCGCAAUCUUUCCGAUGCUGUCUCCCCACGACGGAUGCACUCGCCUGAGGCCAGUCGGGGACGGACGCGAUCUGGCACGCGCGCCUCGUACGAUGUGGCAUAGACAGGACAAACGUCUGUUGAGAGGAGGACGCGCACGAUACAUUACUGCCAGACAAUUCGCUACUACUACGCAUCUGUAACAUCAAGCACACUACACAUACAUAAACGUCCAUCGAGACUCCAAGGAUGCGGUCAACCGCGUACCAUAAGAUGAGAGUAACCUGGAUACAAAUGAUACAAUCUCGUCUUCCCUCAUGCCACGAGUGAACACAUCGCAAACAUGCACACAACCGCCG